AUGGCGGCCUUUGCAGAUUGGCUCCAGAAGGCGCAGAGUCUCGCAGUUCAGGAGAAAAACGCUGUUACUGCCCUUCAUUCCUCGUUGGAGCAAUCCUCAACGCGUGGCCUAAACGUAGAGUUGAGGACUCUCAGGCAAGCUGAUGUAUUGGCCAUUGCAGAACGCAUCUCAGAGUCUCGAAAGGUCAAACAACAUUUGGACCGGCUUCAAUUCCUAGUUCAGCAGCUAGGGCUCCAGCUGACAUCGAAUGCAUCUAUUGAGGACAUCAAGGAGCAUGUACAAUUGUUAGAUAAACAAUUGUAUGGUGCACGGCAGGGCUGGGAGCAAGCAAACGACAACCUCCUUUCGCGUGAAGAGGAGCUUCGUGGAGCUGUUACUCAGGCUGAAGUGCGCUUUGCUACUCUCGAAAAGCUUUCAGCUGACUCCGUAGCAGCCGGUGCUCCUCGGCUACCUGUAAAGCGUACUUCUUCUGCUCCUGCAUCAUCUUCACAACGGCCGUUUGCACGCGAUGUCCGUCCAAGAGCGCUGCAACUGAUAGAGGAGGAGAUGGAGCGUCUGGGCGGUCGGACUGGUGGAUGGGAUCCAGCAGACCACGAUAAGUUCUACAGCUACUGGAAGAUGUCGGGGCAGCAGACAGAUAAGCACAGAUUUGUCAAGGACAUACAGAAGCACUUCCCCCUCUAUACGUUGGCUGCUCUUGUAGCACACAAUGAGUUUAUGGUACGAUACGACGAGCUUAACAACCAGAGAAAGCGCUAUAUUGAGCGUUGGAGAGCCAAUCAGGCUACAAAUCUGGAUAUUCUCAUGCAAGGCAUUCAAGAUCCUGCCACACUGACGCAUAGUAAGGCUAUGCAAGCCCGGAAAACUACGCAAGAAAAAAUACUAGUCAAGGAACGCCUUCGAGCCCUUCAAGAGCGGAAGAAUAUGGACUUUGAAAAUAACCUCGCAAUUGGUCUCCGACGGAAAAGGCGACUUCAGCGAGAGGCCAGUAACGCUAGACGUGCACUACGAAAGCGUGCCCUCACAGCGAGGGCUAAGAAAACCACCUUGAUCGAGGACCAGCCUUCUGAGCCUGUCGAGGACCUACUAUGCACUAGCGCAGAACAGCAACGCAAGAUUCAGGAGCUUCGACGACAACGACGCGCAGAGCUAGAACUACUUAAGAAGCGUCACGAGGACCAAAUUCAAGCUGCCGCACAAAGACGAAAACAGCAGGAAGAGGCUCAUCGCCGGCGCUCCUUGGCUUCGAGGGACACAGAACUAGCAGAACACGCGAAACGUGUUCAGCCAUUAAGCAUUCAGCAAAUCAAGCGGGAUCCUGCACGAAUCAUGCAGCAGACAGCGGCAAUGGAGGCCAACAAGAAAGUGUUAGAGGAGGCCAAAAAAAGACGAGAAUCGGGAGAAAACUACCUCGUCAAUGUAACUCAGGGCUUUGAUCCCUUCAAUCCUUUUCUCGGUGGACUUGCACAGCCACUGUGGAUGCACUAG